AUGCACAGCAACCCACAGGCUCAGCCACUUCCAGCGGGGAGUGUUGUGGCUGUCGCUCCUGCCAUCACUCUGGUGAAGGUGGCGGGGUUCAGAGAAAUACACAAAGGACAGAAGCAGAGCUGGAGCGAGAGUGGGGAGGUGGAGGCCAAAGGGGUGAAGAUGAGAGACAAGGUGAAUGGAAAGGAUCUGUCCUGCCUUUCCGGGGAUCCCACCCUGGACAUACGGGACCCCGUGCUGUCCAACAUACUGAGGCGGGGGGCCCGCAGACGCGCAGGCCUAGCGGGAGCCCCUGGAGGGUUAGUGCCAGUGACCAUGGGCAUGGCCGACUGUGUAGACAGCUGCACCCAAACAGACAUCAGCUUCCAGCAUAUGUUGACUCUGGGCAAGAGCAGCCAGCAUCCCUGUGGAGCUCCACCCCCCCCCGACCCUCCACCGUCGCCUCCACUGCCGCCGUUACUGGAGCCAUAUCUACUCAAUGAACUCUUUAUAGAGCCUGUAUACUACGACCCCACUGACUACUUUGAUAUCACUCAUCAUGAAGUGGACAGGCAGGAUGAGCUGGAAUAUGAGGAGGUGGAGUUGUAUAAGUCUCGUCAGCAGGAUAAACUCGGGCUGACAGUGUGUUACAGAACCGAUGAGGAGGAGGACCUGGGAAUAUAUGUAGGAGAGGUGAACCCAAACAGUAUCGCUGCAAUAGACGGACGCAUUCGCAAGGGAGACAGAAUACUGCAGAUAAAUGGAGUGGACAUCCAGGACAGAGAGGAGGCAGUAGCUAUUCUCACCAGAGAGGACAGCACUAAUGUCUCUCUGCUCCUUGCACGACCUGAAAUAGAGAAUGACAACCAGCUUGACCCAGACGAGUUGGAGUUGGAGCCACUGGACAACGCUGUUCAUCUGUCCAGCAGCCACAGAGUGUGGAACGGCACCUCCGUUCUGGGUGCUGGACCAGGCAGUGUUGCUGGCGGGGGUGUACUAGGCAGCAAUGGCCGCUCCAUGAACAGGGAUUCACCUGAUUUGCUCCAGACGGUGCUGAGCAACAGCCAGGAGCUGGACAGCGGGGUGGGCCGUACAGAUGAAAGCACACGCUACGAGGAGUCUUCGGAACAUGACCUUCUGGGAGACGACCACACCAGUGCCUCCAAUACCAACGCCACCAACACGCCUGGCAGCAUGCGCAAGUUUCUGUCCGGCCGAGGGGACACUCCGCCCUUGCUGCACUCCCAGGACCUCCAGUUCAGCACGGACUCUCUCUUAGGGCUGGACUGUGUUUAUGGAGGAGGGCUGGAACAGGUGGAGCGACUGGAGAGGGCCUACGCGGCCGAUCCUGUGAGGAUGAUGAUGAUGCCUGGGCUGACCGAGGAGGAGUGUGAGAGGUACAAAGAGCUCCUGGAAAUCAAGUGCUACUAUGAGAGGAACAGUAAUGCUCUGAUGCUGCUGGAAGGUCAGGGGCCGGCAGAAGAGGAAGGCGGCGUCUCACUGGAUGUGAACAGGAACGAGAGCUUGACGCAGCAUGAGAUGGCCCUUCUGGAAGAAGAACUGCGCCACUUGGAGUUCAAGUGUCGCAACAUCCUGAGGGCACAGAAGAUGCAGCAGCUGAGGGAGCGUUGUCUGAAGGCUUGGCCUCUCGAGGAGAAGAAUGGAGCGAGUGCAGGGGCUGGAGCAGGAGCUGGACGCUUAGACAUCAGCGGCACUUUGGUCAGUGAGGACUCCUGUCACCACGCUUUGUCAGACAUCAACGAGCUCCCAGAAAGGGAGCGCUCAGAUAAGGACAGCACGAGUGCCUACAACACUGGAGGGGAAAGUUGCAGGAGCACCCCUGUGGUCAAUGAACAGUAUCCUUCACCUUCUUCGCAGAGCCAGGAGGGAGGAGAACCCCUUCUCCCAGCAGGUAUGCAGCUACCGACCUCCACUAGACAGAGAGAGAGAGGGACCAGGGCCGAAAGAGGGGACAGGACCCAAGCAAACCUCAACCAGCCCUACUCUCCCCACAGUCACAGGAGACGAGCCGAGGCGAAGACAUCCAGCCCCGGGGCUAAGGUUAGGUCCCUGUCCCGGGACAGAGGAACCAGGCGGGGCUCAGACGGAGAGGUGAGACGUAACCCCAAAGCCAAUGGGACAGGUGAGAGGACCGGGGGAUACAGUGCGGACAACAGCCCUUACCUGUCCCGCCGUCAGACUGACACAAAGCCGCCUCAGCACUACCUGAGCUGCAUGCAGCUGAGGUCUCCCUCCACCUCUGAGCGGCUUGGUGGACUCAGAGAUGCUGCCAGAGAGGGCAGCAUGGAGACUUGGGGCGACGCCAGCCCAAUGAGCUUGGGUAGCACAUGUAAAGAUGUCGCCCAAGCCCCAGGAGCUGUACCUAUGUCCCCUCCAUUGCCGCCUGCCUCCCCUCGUAUGGAGUGGAAGGUGAAGAUCCGCAGCGAUGGCUCUCGCUACGUGGCCAAGCGGCCUGUGAGGGAUCGCCUCCUGAAGGCACGCGCCAUGAAGAUCAGAGAGGAGCGCAGCGGCAUGACAACGGAUGAUGAUGCUGUGAGCGAAAUGAAGAUGGGCCGUUACUGGAGCAAAGAGGAGCGCAAGCAGCAGCUGCUGAAGGCCCGAGAGCAGCGGCGGCGCCGGGAGUUCAUGAUGCAGAGCCGUCUCGACUGUUUGAGAGAGCGGGAGCGGGAGCAGGGUGGCAGCGGCGGAGGACAGCAGGCGACCACGCAGCAGCAGGAACCAACCUCCAUCCUGGAGCUGUGCCACCGGAGGAGCAUGAAGAAGCGGAGUCGCAGAAUCCUGGACAACUGGAUCACCAUACAAGAGCUACUGGCCCAUGGGACCAGGUCUGCUGAUGGGAAGAAAGUAUAUAACCCCCUGCUGUCCGUCACCACAGUCUGAGAUAAGAUGGGAAGCAGAGAGUUGGGGGUCAAUGCACAAGAUUAAAAAAAAAUAACAUGAUGAAUGGCAUUUUUGAAAAUACAAUUCAGAGGGUCCAUUUAGAAAUGCAUCACCACUAGAGAUCUGUCUUCUUCUUCUUACAUAAAGAAGGGACAGCAUGGAACCACCUGCUGUUUAACCAUUAGAGGACUGGUGCACAAUAGGAAUCUUUGCAGGCCUCUACAUUUUUAUAAAGGACAAAAGAAGUAGGGCUAAGAACCAUGCAGCUCUGAAAAUAUUAUGAGAAAAAGCCACUUCUGUGCCAUAAAACUGUAUAUUUAGUGUCCAUAACAGACUUUUGUUGAAGGGAAUUUUCAAAAAUUGUGUGCCAGUUAAUGUAGUGACAUUUUUUUUGUUGCAUUCUUGUCGUGUUCAUGUACAAAUGCUCCUUUGUUUUGAUACAGGAAAUGCAACAUCAUUGUCAGACCACAGACGCUUUUUUUUUUAUAACGAGGAGCUGAGCGGUGCCUUCCUUUCAGGCAGACUUGACUGUAUAGCACAAUACAAAAAGGCUGAACUACCGUAGCUGAGAAGUUAAACACUAAAGCACAGAGCCAGUGAUGGGCGUAAUGUUUUAUGAAGGACACGUUGUGCAUUUUGUCGUAUAAAAGCACAGCAACCAUCUGACGUGGUUUCAUUCAGAAAGGCAUCGCUUGCCAUUUAAAUCCAUAUCAAAUAAGAUUUUCUCUGUUUGCCAUAUCAAAAUUGCAAAAUACUUUUUCUGGACCAAGUUUUGGCCAGUAUGCAAUAUAAUUUAUUUCAAUGUUGACUGUGAACAAGGCUAUUUCAUUGCAAAUGAAGAUUCUUCUUAGCUACAAAAGAAUCCCUGUUAAUUUCUAUUCAUUUCCUGUCAGAUGUCAUUCCCAAACUUGAUUCAGAGGUUUUCACUUGUUUAUUAUGUGCUCUCAGAACUAGCCUCUGGACAAUUAUCCAGCUCAAGUACCUAUAAUGACACAACAGGUUGUUUAUAAAACCUUGUGAAUAAAAGCAGAUUCUUCCUUUGGCUUACAUGCAUGUUUGAUAUUGAGGCAUAAAUGUCCUGUGUCCUGUGUCCGCCCCCCCCCAACCCAUUUACUUUACGACUAAAAGCCUUUAACAUACUGUAAUUGUGGAUGUGUCUAUGAACUUGCUUAACACUCUAGCAUAGUUAAAGAAAACAUGGUGUACUUGUUCAGUAUUGUGAUGUCUGUUCGGUGUCUGUCAUUUUACAGUAAAAGCUUUUCUAAAUAAA